AUGGCCAUUGAUGAACGCCCAGGGUCAAGGGGUCAAAAACCAACCUGUACCUCUGUCCCACUGCAAGACAACCCCUGGUGGCGAGUGGACCUGAGAAAUAUCUAUCGCAUAACUGCGGUGUCUGUCUUCAGCACUGGAGACUGCUGUUCAGAAGAGCUGAACCGUGCUGAGGUCCGCAUCGGUUUCAGCAUGCAAACCAAAAACCAAAGGUGUGCUGUCAUCUCCAUUACAGAGGGACAAAGCAAAUACACCUACCAAUGUGGAAUAAUGGAAGGUCGCUUUGUUCAUGUUGUCCUUCCUGGACUACAGAAGACUUUGUCUUUUUGUGAAAUACACGUGUAUGGUCAUGUGCUUGACAAUGUGGCUUUGAGAGGAGUGGCUUUUCUAUCUUCCAGGAAAUGGAGAACAGCGGGUUAUGCCAGCAGUGUCAUAGAUGGUAAUCAGAUUUCCACCUGCAGCGCAACUAAGGACAAACCCGGACAGUGGGUGAAAGUGGAUCUACUGGUUCCUUGUCGGUACAUCCCAAGCCGUACACAUUCUCUCGCCACCGUGGACUGUGGGGGGAUUGAGGGUCGCUACGUGACUGUAGUCCAACCUGAUGUACCACUAACUCUGUGUGAGGUGGAGGUCUACAGCACCUGGGAGAAUCCUGUAAAUAAAGUCCCUCAGUGGCCUCCGCCCAGUGAUCACUGCCCCUCCACUUCUUGCAGUCGUGACUACAUUUUUGUUCAUGAUCAGCCUAAGACAUGGUUUGAAGCUCAGACUUACUGCAGAGACCGGUACACUGACCUGGCCACCAUCAACAAUGCUCAAGACAUGAACAAGGUCAUGAACAAAAUGGAAAACGAUUUUAGCGACUUUUGGAUUGGGCUAUAUGAAGAUGCAGUGACCUGGAAGUGGUCUCUGUCAGAUGAGGGUUACUACAAUGAUAAUGAAGCAGAGUUCAGGAACUGGGGUGAAGGUGAACCCAACGAGAGUGACAUUCAGCGCUGUGCUGUCAUUCAAGACAAGGGGGACUGGAAAGACCGGGACUGCAGCUUACUGAAUGUCUUCUUAUGCUUUGAUGGCCGAGAUGGUGUGCCAGAGAAUAAGAUUCUUGUGGAAACACCAAUGAACUGGACCGACGCUCAGCGCUACUGCAGGCAAUACCACACAGACCUGGUCAGUGUGAGGAACCUACCUGAGAACCAGGAGAUCCAGAGCAUGGUGCCGUCAAGAGAGCAGGCCUGGAUCGGCCUGUUUGAAGACUCCUGGAAGUGGUCUGAUGGGAGAAAAUCCUCAUUCAGAUACUGGCAGGAGGGGCAACCCGACAGUUUAGGAGAGGGUCCAAACUGUGCUCAUGUUAACGGUGGAGAAUGGAGUGCAAGGUCAUGCAACACUAAAUCAAUGUUUCUCUGCUACUUUAUCUUUAAGAAGAAAUCUGUGGUGAGGAUCCAGUCUGACUUUGACAUGAGUGACCCUGUCAUCCAACAACAAAUCUUGAAACAGAUGGAGGCAGAGAUGACAAAAAAGGGCAUCAGUGAUAUCAAGAUCAGCUGGAGGAUGUCUGGAGGUCUGGAGAAGGCCACACAAACGAGGAGAAUAAAGGAAGCACAGUGUGUGGCACCGGAGGGAGGUGAAACAUGAAUCCUGCUACUCUGACUGGUUGAAGAAUGUGGCCUACUAGUGGACUGUGUGCACUAGAGGAGUGGCCAGGGAAAGUAGAGUAAGAUCACGAUAGAGUGUGAUCAAAUGCAGUAUUUUUAACCUUUGCUUUUUAGUUUAUU